AUGCCGAGCCUCCCGGCCCCGCCGGCCCCGCUGCUGCUACUCGGGCUGCUGCUGCUCGGCUCCUGGCCGGCCCGCGGCGCCGGCCCCGAGGCCCCCACGCUGCCCAUCCGGCCCGAGAAGGAGCCGCUGCCCGUUCGGGGAGCGGCAGGCUGCUCCUUCGGCGGAAAGGUCUAUGCCUUGGACGAGACGUGGCACCCGGACCUGGGGGAGCCCUUCGGGGUGAUGCGCUGCGUGCUGUGCGCCUGCGAGGCGUUCCAGUGGGGUCGCCGUGCCAGGGGUCCGGGCAGGGUCAGCUGCAAGAACAUCAAACCCGAGUGCCCAGCCCUGACCUGCAGGCAGCCGCGCCAGCUGCCGGGACACUGUUGCCAGAGCUGCCCCCAGGAGCGCAGCGGCUCCGAGGGGAAGCCGUCGGGCCUGGCCUUCGAAUAUCCGCGGGACCCGGAGCACCGCAGCUAUAGCGACCCCGGGGAGCCGGGCGCUGAGGAUCGGGUGCGGGGCGACGGCCACACGGACUUCGUGGCGCUGCUGACCGGGCCGAGGUCGCAGGCGGUGGCACGGGCCCGAGUCUCGCUGCUGCGCUCUAGCCUGCGCUUCUCCAUCUCUUACCGGCGCCUGGACCGCCCCAGCAGGGUUCGCUUCUCAGACUCCACUGGCAGCGUCCUGUUUGAACACCCUGCAGCCCCCACCCAGGAAGGCCUGGUCUGUGGGGUGUGGCGGGGAGUGCCUCGGUUGUCCCUGCGGCUCCUUAGGGCAGAGCAGCUGCAUGUGGCUCUCGUGACACCCACUCAACCGUCAGGGGAGGUCUGGGGGCCUCUCAUCCGGCACCGGGCCCUGGCUGCAGAGACCUUCAGCGCCAUCCUGACCCUGGAAGACCCCCCACAGCAGGGCGUGGGGGGCAUCACCCUGCUCACCCUCAGUGACACAGAGGACUCCUUGCACUUUUUGUUGCUCUUCCGGGGGCUGCUGGAACCCAGGAGUGGGGGACUUGCCCAGGUUCCCUUGCGGCUCCAGAUUCUACACCAGGGGCAACUCGUGCGAGAGCUCCAGGCCAACGCCUCAGCCCAGGAGCCGGGCUUUGCUGAGGUGCUGCCCAACCUGACAGCCCAGGAGAUGAACUGGCUGGUUCUAGGGGAGCUGCAGAUGGCCCUGGAGAGGGCAGGUGGGCCAGGGCCACGCAUCAGUGGACACAUUGCUGCCAAGCAGAGCUGCGAUGUCCUGCAAAGUGUCCUUUGUGGUGCCGAUGCCCUGAUUCCAGUCCAGACGGGUGCUGCUGGCUCAGCCAGCCUCACACUGCUAGGAAACGGCUCCCUGCUCUACCAGGUCCAGGUGGUAGGGAUAGGCAGCGAGGUGAUGGCCAUGACUCUGGAGACCAAGCCUCAGCGCAGGAACCAGCGCACUGUCCUGUGCCAGAUGGCCGGCCUCCAGCCUGGAGGACACAUGGCUGUGGGUGUCUGCCCUGGGCUGGGUGCCCGAGGGGCUCAUAUGCUGCUGCAGAAUGAGCUAUUCCUGAACGUGGGCACCAAGGACUUCCCGGACGGAGAGCUGCGGGGGCAUGUGGCUGCCCUCCCUUACAGUGGGCACAGUGCCCGCCACGAUGCGCUGCCUGUGCCUCUGGCGGGAGCGCUGGUGCUGCCUCCUGUGCGGAGCCGGGCGGCUGGCCAUGCUUGGCUUUCCCUGGAUACCCACUGUCACCUGCACUAUGAAGUGCUGCUGGCUGGGCUUGGUGGCUCAGAACAGGGUACCAUCACUGCCCACCUCCUUGGGCCUCCUGGGAUGCCAGGACCCCGGCGGCUGCUGAAGGGAUUCUACGGCCCAGAGGCUCAGGGUGUGGUGAAGGACCUGGAGCCGGAGCUGCUGCAGCAUCUGGCGAAGGGCACUGCCUCCCUGCUGAUCACCACCAAGGGUAGCCCCCGAGGGGAGCUGCGAGGGCAGGUGCAAGUCGCCAACCGCUGUGAGGUGGGCGGCCUGCGCUUGGCCGCGGCAGGGGCCGAAGGGGUUCGGGUGCCCGGAACCCCGGAAGCGGCGGCCCUGCCUGCGCUGCCUGCCGCGUCUGGCCCCGAGGCCUCAGCCCCCGCCAAGCCCGGUGGCCCCGGGCGGCCUCGAGACUCCAACUCGUGCUUCUUUGAGGGGCAGCAGCGCCCCCACGGGGCUCGCUGGGCCCCCAACUACGACCCGCUCUGCUCGCUCUGCACCUGCCAGAGACGCACGGUGAUUUGUGACCCCGUGGUGUGCACGCCGCCCAGCUGCCCGCACCCAGUACAGGUGCCCGACCAGUGCUGCCCAGUGUGCCCGGAGAAACAAGACGUCAGAGACCGGGCGGGGCUGCCCAGAAGCCGAGACCCUGGAGAAGGCUGCUAUUUUGAUGGUGACCGGAGCUGGCGGGCAGCGGGUACCCGGUGGCACCCUGUCGUGCCCCCCUUUGGCCUAAUUAAGUGUGCUGUGUGCACCUGCAAGGGGGGCACUGGAGAGGUGCACUGUGAGAAGGUGCAAUGUCCCCGGCUGGCCUGUGCCCAGCCUGUCCGCGCCAACCCUACCGACUGCUGCAAACAGUGUCCAGUGGUGUCAGGGGCCCGCCCCCAGCUGGGAGACCCCAUGCAGGCCGAUGGGCCCCGGGGCUGCCGUUUUGCAGGGCAGUGGUUCCCAGAAAGCCAGAGCUGGCACCCAUCAGUGCCCCCCUUUGGGGAGAUGAGCUGUAUAACCUGCAGAUGUGGGUCAGGGGUGCCCCACUGUGAGCGCGACGACUGUUCACCCCCACUGUCCUGUGGCUCGGAGAAGGAGAGUAGAUGCUGCUCGCAUUGCACACCCCAGAGGCCAGCCCCAGAGACCAGGACUGUUCCAGAGUUGGAGAAAGAAGAGGAGAGCUUGUAGUGAGCAGCCAGAAGGCAGCAUGACCAAGAGGAUGGGGUCUGGGCUGGGGAAGGGGCAGUGCUGAGGACCCUGGACUCUCCUGUGGGAAACCCAGUGCCUUUGGCUCCUCUUCUCUGCCCCUUCUCCCUCCCCCACUACCUCUGGGAACCACUGCUCCACAAGGGGGAGCGGCAGCCCCUUUGGGCCAGACCAAGGCCAUGUCCACUCCCACUCCCGCCCUGUCACCCUCUGGUCCGUCCCUCCCGGCUCUGCCCUAGAAGCCCAACCCUUUUCCCUCUGUACAUAAUGCCACUGGCUUGUUUGGAUUUUUAAUUUAUCCUCACUCAGCACCAAGGGUCCCCCCCGCCCCCCCACUCCACUCCUGCUGCCCCUGAGCUGAGCAGAGUCAUUAUCGGAGAUUUUUGUAUUUAUUAAAAAAAUUUCUUUUUCA